UAUAAAAAAUAUCUAAUUCUCAGGUACCAGCUUUCCACUAUUUCCCUCCUCCUCCUUAUGAAAAGCAGAAAACAAACAAUGCCCUCUCUCCUCCCUCUCUUCAUCCAUUCUCCCCUUCAAUAAAACCUCCAAGACCUCAAUUCUCUCUCUCUCUCAUCAUCAAUCAAGAACCAUGAGGUCCAAACCUCAAUGUGGCAUCAAUCUCAACCUGAUCCUCCUCUGCUGCUUCUUCAUCUUCCUCUUCACCAUCUUCAUAAUCAGAUCAAACUUCUCGUCUCCCCUCCAAACCCCAUCCACAUCCACAUCCAUCAACAUCUCCCAAGCCGAUCUCUCAACCUCAACCCCUCACUCCAAAUCCCCACAAUCCUCAACACCAUGCCCUUCCCUUGAACAACCCUUCAUCCCAACAUGCACUAAAACCCCACCUUCCCUAGCCAAUGCCAUCAUUCACUAUGCAACAACAAACAUCACCCCACAACAAACCAUCAAAGAAAUAUCAGUCUCAUCCAGAAUCCUACAAAAGAAAUCACCCUGCAAUUUCCUAGUCUUUGGCCUUGGACUUGACAGCUUGAUGUGGACAGCUCUCAACCAUGGAGGAAGAACAGUUUUCUUGGAAGAAGACAAGUCAUGGAUUGAGCAAAUCCAACAAAAGCUACCCAACUUAGAGGCCUACCAUGUUUCCUAUGACACCAAGGUUCACCAAGCAGACAAGCUCAUGGAGACUGGGAUGAAGGAAGAGUGCAAAGUUGUUGGGGAUCCAAGAUUUUCAAAGUGUGAAUUGGCCCUCAAGAACUGGCCAAGUGAGGUUUAUGAUAUAGAGUGGGAUUUGAUCAUGGUGGAUGCACCCACAGGGUACUUUGAUGGAGCUCCAGGCAGAAUGAGUGCCAUAUACACAGCUGGGUUGUUGGGGAGGAACAGAGAGGAAGGGGAGACUGAUGUGUUUGUGCAUGAUGUGGAUAGAAAUGUAGAGGAUAAAUUCUCAAAGGCUUUCCUUUGUGAAGGAUACUUGAGAGAACAAGAGGGUAGAAUUAGGCACUUCACCAUUCCAAGUCAUAGGGCUCGCUUAGGCAGACCCUUUUGCCCAUAGAUUAUCAAGAUGAUCUUCAUUCUUGAUCUUUUUCUCUCUCUGAUCUCUAGCAGAUAAGUGUUUAUGGGUUUGUAAACUUUUUUCUUUUUUACAUUUGAUUGAAUAUAUAUUAAAUAAUUUCUUUUCUUCC